UUUUGUUUUGUCUUCCACUUCAGGUGGGAGUGUGUUUACCUUGUUUCUUGAAUGCUGUUGCAGGUUUGCACGCAGCAGUCAUGAAGAGGCCUUAUGGUGUUGGACUCCUUGUUGCUGGACUGGAUGAGUCUGGAGCUCAUCUCUAUUACAACUGCCCGAGUGGGAAUUACUUCGAGUACCAGGCGUUUGCUAUUGGUUCUCGCUCUCAGGCCGCCAAGACUUUCCUUGAGCGCAGAUUCAAGGGCUACAACGACUACAAGCCGGAGCAGCUCAUAAAGGAUGCCCUCUCCGCCAUAAAGGAAACGCUGCUAGGCGAGAAACUUACCAGCUCCAACUGCACUGUCGCUAUCGUCGGCGGAAAGGACGAUGGCACUGUCGAGCCAUUCGAGAUGAUCGGCGCGACGAGGAUCCAAGAAAUAAUCGACUCCAUGGAGGCCGCCGAGGAGGCGCCCGCUGAGCCGACCUCCGUGCAGGAGGACGACCAGGGUUCGGAUGGUGCGCCCAUGGACAUCUAGGCCUCCAAUACUUGUCAUCUCGAGCCUUACACCACAAUUCCGAGUUCCCAAUGACUGACUGCUUUAGAAAGUUGAGUUGUGACUCUUGUGUACUCUUUCUUCCAUGUUCCAACUCUGUGAUGAUGUCUUCGACCAGCAGUUACCUGGUUUUGGAGUUGGGCCGAUUAUAUAUCAUGCGAUGCAAACAAAAUCUUUU